CUUGCGAUACUGUCCUUUCGUCCAUCGGAUCUUUCUGAGCAGACUUGCGCGUCGGCAUGGACCUGAGGUCUGCGGAGUGGUCUGGCUGCGUGGCUGUGCGACCGCUGAGAGGGAAUCACCUGACGAUAUGCAGCCAACGCGACCAAUUGAUUGCAAUAGACAUUUGUAUGGAUCGGCUGUACGCAGCACCACUACUAUUUCGGCUCCGCUGCAAGGAAUCAGCCAAUGCACUGGCCUGUAAACUACAUGAAAUAGCCAGGGGAUCAUGCCACAGGGAUGCCCCGUCAGCCUUGUUGCCUUUGAGUAAUGGACAAACUGCCGCACUGUCCAUUGGCAAGCUAGAGAUUGCAGCGACGAGACGGGAUAAGACGCGGCGCAGAGAUUAUCACCAUGGCGAUGUAGAACAUUGUGACGACUCGGCUGUUCAUUGUGUGUAUCACGAGGCAGUAUGCGACGGGGAUGGAAAUGGCGUGCGGAAUACAUGCCACACGUCGUCGUCAUCCUGCGCUGAAGGGACUUCCCCAUCAAGCCACUCGGCCGAGGAGAAUGGUGUCUGCCGAUCGAUGCCGUCACUCGGUGACUCCCCAUGCCAGCGGCACAGCAAUGCACAGCCAAUCACUGGCCGUCGGCACACGUCAUCGCACCGUAACCAUGAGAACGGCUAUGAUGACGUUAUAGGACCCUGCGGAGAUGAUGGUGAUGUCAGCGCUGACUGCAAUGGCGAGCGCGGGAGCUGCAGACAGAUAUCGCUAUGCGAUGGUGUCGGGACGUGCACCGGCACUUGCCAUUGUUCUGGUGAUGCCAUGACCCGGCGUGAUCACUGUGAACAAUGUCACAAUGCUACGGAUGCGGUGCAAAACGGAGAAUUACCGCGCCAUUCACGUGCCGUGCAGUUUAACCACAUUACCCCGACCAAUCAGCAUCAGACUGGUGACAGCCAUCACGCAGCUGCCUCCUCUCCGUGUGCUCGCACUCGUUGCGCCGAACGCGAGGGUCAGACGUGCCCGAGCACAUCGUUGACGUGUAACCAUUCUCGCGCUCAACGGCUAGCAAUGCCAAUGGCGAAUGCGUAUCUGCAUGAUUGCGGUGAAACGUGUGUGGACCGUGCAAAUGACCCUGCUGCCUGGCAAUGCACACGCUCUCUCAUCAUUGAGACGGCUACGAAGCAUGCUGCCGAGUCGGGGUCCGAUACCGGAAUGCUGGUGAUAUGUGUGACCAGUGUCUCGCCGGUGGUGUUCGUUGGGACCAGCGACUGGAGGUGGUACCGUCGACUGUUGCUGUUGGUGUUACGCAAAGCGCAGGUGGACUCACUGCUUGCCUGGUUCUCCACCCUCGGCGGUGCACACUCUGCACUCGGUGAUUGUCUACCAGAACAUGCACAUCACGCGGAGAGCGUUUCGCUAACACAACUACGCCUGUCGCUGAAGAUUGGAGAUGCCGGCCUGAUAUCACGUUGCUAUCUCUUUCUAGCGCUUAGCUAUCUUCAACAGUCACGCCUUCGCCAAGCCAAACUUAUUAUCAGAUCUCAGCGUGCGUGGAUUCGAUCUUCGCGCUUCUUGAGGGAGGACUUGAAGCUGUUCGCACUGUUCACGGCAACACGCAACAAGCUGCGAUCCCUCGUACAGCAGCAGCAGCAGCAGCAACGGAAAUGAUGGUCUGCCAAACCUGCUCCUCCAAGAUCAUGAAGUAUUAAGUAUCUAGCACUGUAGUCUAGGCAUAGGUGUGCAGUGGUGUGGUGGUACGUGAAAUCCGACCCUCUUGGCUAGCGUAGCCUCGGGACUGUGCCGUUCUAGCACUGCUCACACCAGGCCAUGUGCUCAGCACGGCUUUGCUCUCUUCACGCGGCUGGAUUUCACCAAAUCUUGUGAAUCCAGCCGAUAUUAAAAAAUUAAAAUUCUGAUUACUUCCGUCCUCACACGGGACAAACCUGAUCAAGCAGUGAGAUGACAAUUUUCAGAAUCAGUAUUUACUAUUUAUUUGUUUUUUCGUCGUUACCCUUGUCUUCCAUGCUUUUGUUUUUAUUACAGUUCUUAAUUUUUUUAGUCGAAUUUUCUAUUUAAAUUCUUGUCAUGAGAUUGCCCAGUGACCUUGGGUCCUGCCACAAUUUUUUUGGAAAGAAUCAGAAAUUUUUAAUGU